AAGGGACUUUAGAGGGAAAAGUUUGAAGCUGGGCUGCGGGCCUGUUAAGGCCAAGAUCUUUAUUUUUUUUUUUUUUUACACAUGUAAAAGUGAAGUUUGACGUAUUAGAAGGUUCACAGGAGGGGGGGAUUUCAACCUGGAGUUAAACUUUUUUAAUGCCCCACAACGCCUGGGUUAGCUACAAAUUAGCAGCCAGGUGUUCUUCGAGUACAAGUCAGACGAAACUUCGGAGGACGUCAACACAAAAAAAAAAAAAGGAAGAACUUGACAUCGUAUUGGAAAUCCUCCGCAAUUUAUUUAUUUAUUUUCUUGCGGGCACGUGAAAAGGGAAAUGGUCGGACGGUUGCAUUUUGCGAAUGUUUGCGAAGAGGACCCGCUGGGUAUGAGCUGCUGCCGGGCGGACAGAGGACUCGACAGCCCGGACUCCGGCUUGCCGCCGAGUCCGAGCCCCGGCGUCUGGCUCCUGCCCCAGGACAAAGCGCGCGGCGUCAGUCCGGUGCCGGAGGACGAAGGGAGGGAGGAAGGCUCGCGGGUUUCGGCUUUGCCCUCUGGGUCCUUGCAGCCUUUGUCCUAUGGGGAGGGUAUCGCAAUUGAGCCUUUACCCCCGAAAGAAGUAAGAUACACCUCGUCGGUGCAGUACGACUCGGACCGCCACUUCGUCCAGAUCGUGUCCCUGCAGCCGUGGUGCCAGGACCUGGAGCGCUGCUCGCAGACCGUCACGGCCGUGGCCCACAGCACCUGGCGCCGUUAUAAGACUCAGCUGGAUUUCCAGCCUCGCCGCCGGCCGCAGAGCUUCACGAGCACCGUCAUCGUCUACCCCAAGAAAACCAGCGCCGUGUACGCCACGGAGCUCAGCUACGACCGCCGCCGACGAGCCAGGCGUUUCCUCUCCAGCGUGGAGAUGGAGGCGGCGGGAAGCUACCUCAGUAAGAAAGGAUCGAUGGAUCCCGUCCUGUAACAGGCGCACCCCUUGGCUGGCUGCCGGUGACCCUGCUGUUUUCCCCUUUUACGUUGAAGUAGCCAAAUUUGCGUUUUUUUUUUUUUUUUUUUUUUUUUUUAUGGCCGUGAACCAGGAGAACAUGCGAUGUCUUGUUCCUUCCAGCAGAAAUCUAAAGACGCAGUCCGAAGUAAAUUUAAUAAUCCUGCCAGUGGAUGAGUCAUCCAUUAGAAAUGACCUUUUGUAUUAAUUUCCAGGAGUACUGUACUAUCUCGGUCUUCAGUCUUUUUUUUUUUUUUUUUGCACAUCAUGAACAGGGAAAGCUAAUGACUUGCCCACGUUGAGGCGUCCCACCAAAUUGAGCGCUGCCUGGUUUAUUAAGGAGAGCAGAGACUGAUAAUAACUGCGCCGAUUAUGGAAAGGAAGAUAAAAUUCACCGAUUUUUGCUGCAUUCUUAGAAAUCACUCACUGUACAAGGGAUACUUAGCUAUGAGGUUGGUUUAUUUUUUUAUUUUCAUUCCUGCACUAAAUUUAGCACAAAAUGAGCUCUUCACAGCCUUUGUUCUAGCUAUUGAUACCAAAAGUGUGAUGCUAACGGUGUAUU